GCGGGUAAUAGUGUGACACACGAUUUAUAUCUACAGUGUGUGUGUAAAAGCCGUAAACAUUGCGCUAUGAUUUUAUAAACUAUGUAGAGAAACAAUCCGUUAUUUAAGGGUUUUUACAGAGUCGGCGAUUUAGAGAGAGUACUCAGUACUUAAAGUCCACCCUCAUGGAUUCCCUUGAAGACACGUUCGAGGCACUGUCUAUCUCCAGACGUUUGCAGCCAGACGAUCCGUCGUACAUCCUGGACUUGACCCUUUCACCCGUAGACCUCAUCGGUGUGUCCUGCUCCAAUCACGCUGUUCGCCUGCACGCUAAAGAGACCCUCCGAGUUCAGGGAGAAUAUCAGGGCCACGCCGGGGCCGUGUUCGGGGUCCGGUUUUCUCCGUCCUCGCCGGAUCUGCUCUUUACUGGCUCUUCUGACGGGACGCUGCGAAGCUGGGACGUGCGUCAGCCUGGUUCCUCUGCGGUCCGAGUGUUCAGGAGCGAGCCGGAUCAUGUGUACUGUUCGUUUGAUGUGAGCUGUAACGGCACGGUGGUGUGCGCCGGCACCGAACAGCUGGGUGACGACAGCUUUCUGGUGUUCUGGGAUUCCCGGAUGACUGGAGGCGGAACCAAAAAGGACGGGCUGCUGGGCGUGUACUCUGAGUCGCACAGUGAUGACAUCACAGUUGUGCGAUUCCACCCAAAGCAGGUGGACAGGCUGGCGUCGGGUUCCACAGACGGCCUGGUGAACGUGUUCGAUUUGAGUUUGGGAAAAGAAGACGACGCCCUCGUCACCACGUGUAACUGCGACUCCUCCGCCAGCGCCCUCUGUUGGUCAGGUAAAAAUCAGGACCAGCUGCUGUGUCUGACUCACGACGAAGGCCUCCGGCUGUGGGAUUUGUCUCAGCUGGACAGCAACAACUCGUUCACGCUCUUGAGUUCAUCUGACGCUCGAACCCUCGUCUCCUUACCCGAGGGAACUUCUCUGGACUACUUUGUGGGCGGAACGUGGCUGGAGGAAGCAGCUCGUCUGGUCGUGGUAGGCGGAUCCCACAGCGGAGAGCUCCACCUGCUGGACUGCAGCUGCACUGAACUGAAGCUGAUGAAGUCACUGAGCGGUGGCCAUUCAUCCACGGUGAGGUGUUUCCAGUGGGACGCGAUGGGUGGUGCUUUGUUGACAGGCGGCGAGGAUGGCCAGCUGCUGCAGUGGAAGGCGGGAGCCGAGGAGAUCAGCGUGGGGAAGAAAGACCACUUUAAAAGCAUCUCGUCUGUGCAACUUAAAGCAAAGUCACACAGGAAGCAGGUGUCGAAAAGAGAGAAGAAGCAGACAUUUUAAUUUUCAUGCUUUCUGUGAAAGAUUAGACUUUUAAAAUAUUGAACAUGGAUUAUAUUUUAAUAAAACAUUAUGUUGAAAAUGAUUUACUUCAUAAUCUUUCCUCUGUUGUGUCUAAAAGGAAAAUAAUCCUAAAUAAGCUUUGAGUCGUUGAUUGUUUUCCUGUAACAGCACAUCACCAAGUGUUUUAUACCUCACAUAUACACUGUGGUUUAUGACACUGCUUUGCAUGUGUGUGUGUGUUAGUCCUCAACAGUUAUUUCAUGAGCAUAGCAUCGAUUUUGGAAUGGAGUUUGAUGACUACUAAAAAAUAAAUGAAAACAACAACAAUAGGAGUUGUAUAUAAGAAUUGACUCUGAAUGACUCGCACACUUAAAAGAGUCGAUUCAAAGAGCCGACUCCAUCGAAUCGUAUUGAUUCGUUCGAGGUAAACUAAGCGAAUAAGAAAAAUACCCUCUAUGUACACUCUAAAUACACUCUAUGUAAGCUUAAGUGAGUUCCCCUUUAUCAAACCUUUAAUUGUGGAAGUGUGUGUGUGUGUGUUUUCAUGCAUUGUGUGUGUGUUAGUCAUAAUCUGUUACUUCAUGAGCAUCGAUUUCGGAAUAGCGUUUGUUAACUGAUUACAAAAAAUAAAUAAGAACAACAACGGGAGUUGUAUAUAAGAAUCGACUCUGAAUGACUCGCACACCUAAAAGAGUCGAUUCAAUGAGCCGACUCCAUAGAAUCUUUUUGAUUCGAUCGCGG